AUGGAUCCGAAGGAUGCUGGCGCCUCCCUCGAUUCGCUCAUCUCUUCCUUCAAUGCUCGCAUCGUCGACCUGCAGGAGCUCGUCAUCGCCCGGAACAGUAACCCCGCUCUCCUCCACUAGCUCUUUCGGGUUUUGUUUGGGGUCUUAUUUGAUCCGCCUUCGGUGGGGGCAGUGUAUCCAGCUACCAGCAUCCCGGAUCUAUCCGCGGUCGACACCGCUCUGAAGACGAUUGAGUCUCAAAUACAGUCUAUCAGGGAACGCCUGCAAGAGGAGAGAGACGCCAUUCCCAAGGCCAAGGUUAAAGAGUGUCUCUGCAUGCGUAUGCCAAGUAGCCGUGUUUUUUCAAUACCUACCAUCUUCGUUUGCAGACGCUUAUUGAGCGGUCACAGCGCCAGCAGAGGAAGAUCCAGCACAUGCUCACUCACUUACCGUUACGCAUGCACGAGAGCGUGAACAUUUCAGCAGAGACACCUUCUCGGUAGUCGAUUCACGACGUCCUCGAAAUUUUAAUUUCGGUUGCUCUUUUUUUUCCCUUGCUAUACGUAAAGUAUUUUAUUUGGUUGAACCUUCAGAUCGACGGAGGUGAACUCCGGUUGUGAUUUUUCUAAUGUACAAGAGGAGCCAUUUGUCGUACCAAAGGUAGCCCCUUUGAUCCAUUGCGAUAUGCAGGUCGAAUUUUGCAUUUUUAAGUGCUUUAAUUUGAUUAUACCGACGGCUGGGUAGAAUAUGAGUCAUUGUUGAGUAAACUACCCUUUUGUCUGUUCUAUCUUACGAUAUGAUUCCCCCAUAUUAUCUCUCAUCAUAAGGUUUCCUAGUUGAAAGUGGUUUGAAUGUUUUUGAAGAAGUCCAUGGCUUUACCAAAAAUAAAAUGGACUGAUUUUCUGUUCUGGAGCUCCGAAAUAUUUAGUCAUCCUUGUGAAGCUCACAGGCAGUUUAUUCACACAGUAUGUUUAGGAAAGGAGAUUGUACAUCUAACUUUUGUGCGAAUUUUAAGAUUCGUCUUUAUUGAGUUUGCAGUGAUGUCUUUUAGCUUCAUGGAAUGUUUCCAUGCUGUUGCCUUCUAUGGAAGGUGGUGUAAACAGUAGUGUAUGAAUUCAUUUGGUUCAUUAGGUGGUGAUUUUAAGAUACGCUUUUAUUUAAAAUGUAACAGUGUCGGGUAACUUUAAGAAAAUAUUUCCAUGCCGUUGUCGGGAGAAAGUUUGUACAAAGAUGCUCUACAAGUUCAUUUGGUAUCCCAUACUGGGUUCUCUUUACAUGCCUGUAACCAUGCGUCACGCAUUACAUUGCCCAUAAUUUAAUUUGUGCAUAUUGCCUGGCGUAAAUAUCUUCCAUUCUUUGGUUUUCCUAUGUCUAUGGCUAAUUUCUAUAGAAGAUCUUCUAUGUGAUCGAUUGGUACCUUCCCUUCCUGCAUUUCAAAAUUUGCCCCUCUGCAAAUGUGUUUUGUUGCUGGACUGUACCUUCCAAACUUACUAAACAUGUAGGGAUGGUAAUCUAAACAAAUCAGAGGUGAUUUAGGGGAAACUGAUUAUUAAGGAAGGGAACAGUAGAUUUCUAAAAAUAUUUGAUGACUAGAUAUGCACAAUAAGAGCUAAAGGGACUGCAUGAUGCACCCAGUUAGUGAAGUGAAGAACGUUAAGAGCUUGUUUGAUAUGAAUAUGAAAAAAUAUAUAACUUUAUCAUACAACGGUUUGGUCAAAUUUUUAAAUUUGUGAUAAAUUUAAUUAAAUUGAGAACAAUGCUUUGAAUUCCACCUAUUCUUUCCUCAUAGGUUUUUCUGAAGGAUGAACUAUGCUUGUCUCUUCAUGGAGAAACAGUGGUUCUUAUGUGUCAUCUUCACUCUCUGAUGUUCUGGUUCGGGCGCACAUUUUCCAGAUGGUUGGUUUCUCGAGGAGUCCAUUUUCUGGAAUUAUGGGAAAAUUCCAUACGAAUGGAAGAUUACUUUGCUUAUUUUAAAGUUUUUACUUGAGUGGCCUUUUUUUUUUUUUUUAAUUUUUUAGUUUUUUGGGAGGGUAAAGCAACUACAUUAGUCCAUCUGAAAGUAAAUUUAGGAAUUAUAUCUUGGAGUUGUUUUCAUUGGGCACCUGUACAAUAUUUGGAAUAUAAAACUGCUGAAGUUUUGCGUGUUUUUGGGAGCUGAUUAACAUUUUGUGUAUCAAUUAUGUUAUGGUUUAGUACUCAGACCAGAUGUAGUUCCAAUCAUUCGUUACAAGAUGUCACAACUUUACCUGAUGAUUGUAUUCGAAUAAAAACUGUCCUACUAGUCAUCUUAAUUCUAUUACCAAAUUUUUGUGAUGCCAAUAAAGUGAUGAAAGAAGACGAUACCACCCCUCUGAAAAAUCGUCUUAAAAGGUGAUCAUGCCAACCUGGAAAUUUCACCUGUUUUUGAUCCUCCACUGUCGACCUAACUGCUUUUCAAUUUAAACCCUGUAAUGCACAGAACUCUUGACAAUGCUCUACCCUUAUGUAGCGAGUGAUUCAACAUCAUAAACCACCCAUUCCAAACCAUUGGCAUCAAAUACAUUGGGAAACAUCAGAACACUGCAGAGAAUGGCACCAUGUUGAGCAAACAGCACAUUUUUCCUUCAGGCUGGUUCAAGGCUAUCAAGUAUAACAUCCUAAAAUGCGAUAUGAGAUCUUUUAUAUUAGAAAGGAAUAAGAUGUACAUUGUUCCAAGCACCUCCAUUUUUUGGAUUAUUUCUUUUCCCACGUUUUGAAUUAAUGCAAACCUCUUUUAUCUGUUCUCAAAAAGAGAUUUCAUGUUUUUUAUCUUGAUGAAAUGGUAUCCAUACACGCAGGAGAAAAAAGGUCGCAUCCCAGCACCUCGUUGGUAUAUAUCGGCAAAUGAGCUUGAUUCAUUGUCAUCGUGAGUGCUUUUUUGGUCAUAUUAUUUCUUGUGUUCCAGAAACCAUGCGCGCUAUCCAGAUAAUAUCUUAAAUAAAUUGACCUUCAUUUCGCCUGUUAUAUUGCCUAUGCAGAAAGGAUCCUGUCUGUCAUGUAAUUACAGGUUUGGCUACGCAAAUAAAAGUUCUAAUAAUUGUGCAUGUGUAUGACGUAAAUGCCUCCCAGCAGUAAGUUCGGGGGAGGAAAAUAAAGUUUUGAUCUCCACAUAAUUCUGUCCUUUUGGUCGCCAGAUAUAUGAGGGGGAGGCUCACGCUAGAGAAGGUGAACAUCGCUAUUAAUGAAAUGGCUACGUAUGCAGAGGCUACAGCUUUACUUGUUGGCUGCCCAAAGAAGAAGGCUAGCCCGUUCAUUACAACUUUCUCCGGAUUUGGGCUUAUGAUUGACGUAUUAUAUAUUGAAUGGAGUACUUUCUUUCCAUGCAGUUGGUCGAAGAUGCUUGGGAAAAGGCUCUCGUAAGCGAUCUCAAUUCCGAGAAGUUUUUUUUGGCACUUCUACGUUCUGCUUUCGUACAUUCAUUAAGAAAUCGAUCACUGAGGUCAUUAACAUAUCCAGGAGGUGAGAGAUAUUGCACAGUCAGAGGCAGUCAAAGGCAAACACUUCUUUCUAGAGACUGAUAUGAGGGGGCCAGGACUAAAACUUGAUAACACCGGGAAGGCAAUUCUUACUGUGCGUACCCUUACGAGUUGCUUUCCUUGAUUAUAUGCGGCUUCAUUUCAGUGCAGAUAUGCAAGAUGAAGUUAACAUCUGGUCUUCUAAAAAACACCUGGUUUCCUUUAAUGAUUUUCGCAGCAUAACUGGCUCUUUAGGAUUCAUGGCUGUAACGGCUUGGACUGUGGUUCUCAGGUGUUUCGCCAUCUGGGUCGCAUCCAAGAGACGCGAAUUGGGCAUCAUCGUGUGAUCAUUCUGUUGAAGCCAAGCAAUCCUGCAUGA